AUGCACAUCGAGCCUGACCCGCACCUAUUCUCGCCGGGCUGGAGAGCUUAUACAGGAGUGAUCGGAGCCGAAAAAGCACUCGACGCCAUCAAGGUCGCCAAAUCCAAAGGGGACGUGUACAAGCUGAACAUGACGGGCAACCUCCUGGGCGAUGAGGGCAUGGCAGCCUUCUUGCGUGGGCUGCCUCUCUGCGAAUCGCAUGAGGGGAGAUCGGACCAGGGCGACAAGGGAUGGGAAGUGAUGAAUCUGGGAGGCUGUGAGGUGACAGACACUGCACUAAAGGAAAUCAUCAAGUAUGUCCAGGAGGACACGGGAGUGAGGAAGCUCCGUCUCGGCAGGAGCCCCAUACAGCUCAAGGACAACGUUCAUAGCCUCGUCCGACUCCUCAACACCUCUGCUCUCACCCAGCUCGUCCUCUCGGAUUGCGAACAUCUCCAUCCACCCUCCAUCCUCCGUUUCUUCGACAGUUUUCACGCCCCGCAUCUAGAUGCGCUAGAUUUGAGCAGUUGCAAGCUCGAUCCCGCAGCUUGGUCAGCUAUCGCCCAGUACCUCGGUAGUCGACGCUCCCGCCCUCUCCGGUUCCUCAAGGUCAACUUCAGUGACCUCACACUCGAUAACCUCCGGCACCUCAUCGCCGCUAUCAAGCGGGGAAACUUCAGCUUGGAGGCGUUACACUAUACCCACCACCCGGAUAUCACCCGGCAGUACACACAUGGAAUGUUCGACAGUGCCCCAAAGAGCGCGGAGAUGCUAGCGGCCGAGGCGGAAGAUCAGCGGCUCAAGGAGGUGCUGAACAGGAAUAGGAAUCUCGGUCGUCGAGUGCAGCGCGCGGCGUGUCGAUGCCUCCCCAUCGCCCAGGUCAUCCUCAAUGCUCUCCCAUCCCCCGAUCUCCCUCGUCGUACCUCCCCUCGCCGAUCUCAACCUCACUUUCCCCUCUUCCAGCUCCCGCCAGAGCUCGUCUCACUCGUCAUUCGGCACACCUCGGGCGACGCGGCCGCUCUCUCGCACGUGCAAUUCACCCGCUUGUGCGCGGAUGCUAGGGGUGAAGAAGGUCUACAGGCGAGGAUGAGGACUGCGGAGGGGCGGAAGGGGAAAAGCGAGCGGUCCAGGCAUGCUUGGAACGUGGAUGAUGAGGAGGAAGCGCUUACGGAGAAGGAGGUCUGGCUCAAGAAGGGUGAUUGGGAGAAGUGGGAGACGAAUACCAAGGCCGCUUAG